AUCAGGAUGAGCAUGUGGGCUCCACCAAGGCUCCUGGAACUGGCUGGGCAGAGUCUGUUGAGGAAUGAGGCCUUGGCCAUUGCUGCUCUGGAGGAGCUUCCCACAGAGCUCUUCCCACCUCUGUUCACGGUGGCCUAUGCUGAGCGACGCAGUAAGACUCUGAAGGCAAUGGUGCAGUCCUGGCCCUUUGCCUGCCUCCCUCUAGGAUCCCUAAUGAAGGAGUGGCAGCCUCACCAGGAGAACUUCCAAGCUGCACUCAAUGGGCUUGAUGUGCUGCUUGCUCAGGAAGUUCGCCCCAGGAGAUGGAAACUGCAAGUGCUGGAUUUACGUAAGAAUGCUCAUCGGGACUUCUGGACCAUAUGGUCUGGAAGCAGAGCUAGUGUGUACUCACUGAUGGAGCCAGAGGCCACCCAGCCCAUGAAGAAGAAGCGAAGAGUGGACGGUUGCAGAAUGAGGGGGAAGCAGCCUUUGGCUCCUGUAGAAGUGCUUAUAGACCUGUGCCUCAAGGAAGGCAGCCGUGAUAAAUUGCUUGCUUCCCUCAUUGAGAAGGUCAAGCAAAAGAAAGGUUUACUACACCUGUGCUGUAAGAAAUUGAAGAUUUUUUCAGUGCCCAUGCAGAAUAUUAAGAUGAUCCUGAAAAUGGUGCAGCUGGACUCUGUCCAGGAUUUGGAAGUGAAUUGUACCUGGAAAUUGUCCACCUUAGGGAAGUUUGCUCCUCAUCUAGGCCAGAUGGGUAAUCUGCGCAGGCUCCUCCUGUCCCACAUCCACAUGUCUUCUUACACUUCCUUGGAGCAGGAGGAGCAUUGCGUUAGUCAGUUCACCUCUCAGUUCCUCAGUCUGCAUCACCUCCAGGAGCUGUAUUUGGACUCUAUCUCCUUCCUCAAAGGCCGUCUGAACCAAGUGCUCAGGUCCCUGAAGAGUCCCUUGGAGACAUUAUCAAUCACUAACUGCCUGCUUUCAGAGUCAGAUUUGACACAUCUGUCCCAAUGCCCCAACAUCAGUCAGCUGAAGGAUCUGGAUUUGAGUGGGGUCAAUCUGACCUGUGUAAGUUUUGAGCCCCUCCAAGUUCUAUUAGAGAGAACCUCCACCACUCUCCAGGAUCUGGACUUAGAUGAAUGUGGGAUCAUGGACUCCCAGUUCACUGCUAUCCUGCCUGCCUUGAGCCACUGCUCCCAGCUCACAACCUUCAGCUUCUGUGGGAAUCCCAUCUCCAUGGCUAUGUUAGAGAACCUCCUGCUCCACACCAUUGGGCUGAGCAAGCUAAGUCAUGUAAUGUAUCCUGCCCCACUGGAGAGUUAUGAAGAUGUUGAGGGUACCCUCCACCUGGGGAGACUUGCCUACCUGCAUGCCAAGCUGAAGCAAAUGCUGCGCGAUUUGGGGCGGCCAGGCAUGGUCUGGUUCAGUGCCAACCCCUGUCCUCACUGUGGUGACAGGACCUUCUAUGACCCAGAACCCAUUCUGUGUCCCUGUUACAUGCCUGCUUAG